AAAACAGGCGGGCGCCACAUUCAGAAGCGAGCCGGACCGGACCGGACCGGAGAGGAGACUCGUCCGACUUCCAGUUGCCGCGCGCUGUAAUUAUUGUUUAUUAUUGUUUUAAUCUGCGCGGAGAGAAAAGCGGACGCGUCGCAUUUCGUCGCAACAUGGCCGCGAUCAGCCAAACGGACCUCAAGGAGGUCUUCGGGUGCGCUCAGAAGGCCCACAGCAACAAGGCCAAGCUGGUGGCCAGCCUCAAGAACCGCUACGACAAACUGGAGGACAAGAGCUCCUUCCACCAGCAGUUUAUCGGCUUUCUGAAACACGCCAUGAUUGUUUACAAGCGGGAGCCCGCUGUGGAAAACGUCAUCGAGUUUGCGGCCAGAUUCGCCACAAGUUUCCAGUGUCCGCCCAAAGAUGUACAAGGAGAAGACGACGACGACGAGGAGGAGGACGAUCAUCCAUUUUUGAGUUUCCUUUUCAACUUCUUGCUGGAGUCCCACGAGGCCAACAGCCACGCGGUGCGCUUCCGCGUGUGCCAGCUGAUCAACAAGAUACUCGGCAGCAUGCCGGAGAACGCUCAGAUCGACGACGACCUCUUCGAAGGCAUCCAUCGCAGCAUGCUGGUCCGGGUCACCGACAAGUUCCCCAACGUGCGCAUCCAGGCCGCCUCGGCCAUGACCCGACUGCAGCAGCCGAACGAUCCCGACUGUCCCACCGUCAGCGCCUUCCUGAAGAUUCUGGAACACGACACCAAUGCCGAGGUGCGCCGGGCCGUCCUCUCCUGCGUCGCCAUGUCGCCUCGCACCCUGCCGAAAGUCCUCAAACGCACCCGCGACGUGAAGGAAAAUGUCCGCAAGCUGGCCUACCAGGUUCUGGCCGACAAGGUUCAUUUUCGAGCUCUGUCCAUCGCGCAAAGAGUGAGUCUGCUGGAGCGGGGACUCCGCGACGCAUCGGAAGUCGUAAAGGAGACGGUGCGCUCCCGUCUGCUGCCCGCUUGGCUUUCGCAACUGGACGGGAACAUCCUGGAGCUUCUCCACAGGCUGGACGUGGAGAACUGCGCCCCGACGGCUUUGGCCACGCUGCCGGUGGUUUUCCGGGCCGCGGACGCCGACGACCUGCUGCGGAACGCCGCGGGGCUGGACGGCAGGAAGCUCAUCCCGGCGGAGGCGCUGACGUGCGAGAAUGCGCUCUACUGGCGAGCUCUGAGCAAGUUCGUCAAGGAAAAAGGCGACGACGGCGACGAAAUGUUGGAGCGGAUCCUGCCGGACGCCGCCGCUUACGCCGACUACCUCGGCGGGUAUUUGAAGGCGGUUCCGGUUCUGUCGGAGGAGCAGAGAGCCGACUUCAGCCAGCUGGAGUUGGUCAUGACCAAAGAUUUCAUCUCGCAGCAGCUCAUCCAGCUCAUGGACUGCCUGGACACCAACGAGGAGGGCGGCAGGAAAUGUCUCGUGGCCGUGCUGCGCGAGAUGCUGACCUCGCCGCAGACGCCGUCCUCGCUGGUGGUCUCGCUCACCGACAAGCUCCUGGCGCUCGUGCCCGAUGACAACCGACGCGUUCUGACCGUGGCAGAAAUCAUCUCGGACCUUCGGGCGCCAGUCGCCGAAGCCAGUCAGCCUCCGGACGAGAACGCCAGCCGUCGCCAGCGGAUUCAGCUCGCAGAGGUGAAGGUUCGCAUCAUGGAGGCCAAACAAGCCCUGGAGGAGUCCGUCGGCGCUCAGGACUUCGGCCGCGCCGCCCAACUGAAGGACGUCAUCGCGGAGCAGGAGAACCGGCGCAACCAAAUCCUCCGGGAGAUCGAGGCCAGCGUUCAGACGGUCGACAACGAGAUCCGCGCUGAGAAGAACGACCCGGAGACGCUGCUGAGGUGUCUGACGAUGUGCGCCGAGCUGCUCAAGCAGAUGAACGUGAAGAACCCAAUCGGGCCCACCGUCGGCGCUUUAAUGUCUUCGCUGGUCCUGCCCGGCAUCGCCAGCGCUCACCCGACGGUCCGGAGCACGGCUGUGGUGUGUCUGGGUCUGUGCGCUCUGCACAGCAGGCAGCUCGCCAAGACGCACUUCGUCCUUCUGCUGCAGAUCGCUCAGCUGGACGAGGUCAAGAUUCGCAUCAUCGCUCUGCGAGCGGUCACCGACCAGCUGCUGCUGUUUGGCUUCCAGCUGCUUUCCGACGACGGCGACGGUGGAAAGCCGCCGUCGCCGGACCGGGAAACGGCGGCGCCGGGUGAAGCCGACGGGGAGGACGGCGCUCGGAACGUUUUGGUGAUGCUGUCGGAACUUCUGGACAGUGAGGUUUCGGAACUGCGCACGGCGACGGCCGAAGGUUUGGCCAAACUGAUGUACGCCGGCCGCGUGUCCAGCGCCAAGAUCCUGUCACGUCUGGUUCUGCUGUGGUACAACCCGCUCACCGAGGACGACGUCGGACUCCGGCACUGCUUGGGCGUUUUUUUCCAGCUCUACGCCAGGCAGAGCAGGGCCCACCAGGAAGUGGUGGAGGAGAGUUUCCUCCCGACCAUGCGCACGCUGCUGAACGCCCCCGCCACGUCUCCGUUGGCUCAGGUGGACGUCAACAAUGUGGCGGAGCUCUUCGUGGAGUUGACCCGUCCGAGUGCGCUCGUCAAGCCCGACGCCGAGGAAGUUCGCGUCCACGACUAUUUGGCGUUGCGCGUAUGCGGCGAGAUGCUGAGGGACCCGAAGGCCCCCGAGGUGCACCUCUACGCCAAAACCCUGAGCUAUCUGGAGCUGAGCGGGAACCAGACGGUCAGGGAGGACCUGCUGUCCCUUUUGCAGCAGCUCGCCCAGGUGGUGAAAGAGCGGGUGAGCCUUCGCGCUCUGGACAAGCUGAUUUCUCAACUGGCGGAUUCGAGGGAGGAAGCCGAGGUCCUCGGCGCGUCCGUGCCGCGGCCCAAGGACGUCGGCGCAGACGAAACCGUCGCAGACGAGCCACCAAAAGCACCCGCGAGAGGCAAAAGAGGUCAAAGGAAGGCGGGCGCGGCCAAAGGGGGCCGAAAGGCGAGCAAGAGGACGGGAUCCUCCGAGGAGAGCAGCGACGGGGAAAACGUUCCCGACGCGGUCCCGGCGGCGCGACCUUCUCGCAGGGCGAAGAUCGCCGCCAUGGAGAAGACAAAACUGGAUCUGAAUCCCCUCCUCAACCAGGAGGCCAACGUGUCUUGAAGUCUCGUCAGAUGACUUUUAACAAUAAACGUCGUGUACACAGUG